AUGCACACUGGAAGCCCAUUGAUGGCUCAGGAUUAUAUGGUGUUUGAUCUCAGUGAUCACAGCUCGCGUCCUAGACACACUUUGCAAAGUUUCCCGACCGCUGCUGCUCACAGUGCUUCGGAAAGGCCAAGUGCAUACUACCAAAACUCCUCCGGACGAUUGCAUUUCAACCGAGACGAAGGUGGUGACACCACGGACGAGGAAGAGGAACAAUCCCUGAUAAAACCUCUGAUGGACGCACACAACAACGCCUCUUCUGAAUCUCCUCUGGGGGGCGUACCUCGUACCCUACCAUACAGACGCACGCACAAACCGCAGCAUUCACAGACGGUCACAAUUCUGGACGAGCCCAAGGCCUCGCCACCACCUUUUUUCGAGCAGCCUCUGACAAUGAGCCAGUUUGACCUCCAGCAGACCCAAAAUUAUCAACAAAGAGCGGCACUUCGGCUCCAGGCCGAGCAGCAAGAGCGCAAGAAGCCCACCAGCUCAGAGAAGAUUCUCGGCAAGUUUUGCAAGUGGUCCCGAUACUCACUGACGCAAAGUAAAGAGACCGGUCCAGCAGUCAAGAGAAAAAAGUCCAUGAAACGAGCCAAUUCGCUUUCGAGACGGAAAGAUUUCUCAAACGGCGGAGAAAUAACCCAGCUUGCAGAGUCUGGUAACUUCGUCUUCCACCGUGGGUUCUCUCUUCGCCGCUCACGACACCCGUCUCUAAGGUACAAGUUUAGAUCUCGGGCAGAACUCACAUCGGUGAUGAACUACAUCAACCCGGAAUCACUACCAUGUUCCAACUUCACCAGUGGUCAACGCAUGCUGGUGAUGCAGCUCAAGUCACCCACUUUCUGGCAGGUUAUGAGACUCCACCCAAGAUUCGUAUUCAAAACAUUACCAUCCAAGCCCAUCCGUAAACCGUCGCGAAAUAUUUCGCAGUGGUAUAGUCCGGUGGAACAUCGAAACAGCAUAAAACGCAAAUUUCCGGCUGUGCGCCGCGUGGCCAGUGUGCGAAGAACAAAAUCACAUCCUGGUCCUCAUCGACUUUCGUUGUCACAGCUUGAGAACAAACAGCUUUACAAUGUAUGGCGUCACUAUCUCAUGAGUGUCGUUUUGCAAAGAAUUCAAUUCCGACAGCACCUGUCGACGUUGUACGCUUCGUCUCUAAGUUCCACUAGCCAGGGAAAUGGUUAUUCCGCAGAGUUUAGUUUUUCGACACCCUCAGAGGGUACGCACUUGCAUAAUACUCCUUCUGGCAGUGACAGUGAUUCAUAUGGCUUAACCAACAGUCUUACUACAUCCCGCAGCUUCAAGUCAUUUGGACAACACGGUGAUGUCGCCUCACUGUCGAGCGUUGGCAGAGCAGAUAGGGGUAGCAGAUUACCGCAAAAGGCUCAUUGA